GGGAGCGCGGGAGGCAGUGGCCGCCGGCGGCCCAGACCCGCCCGUCCCCGCGGCCACCGCCGGCAUGAGCCACAUUCAGAUCCCGCCAGGGCUCACGGAGCUGCUGCAGGGCUAUACGGUGGAAGUGCUGCGGCAGCAGCCGCCCGACCUCGUCGACUUCGCGGUAGACUACUUCACCCGCCUGCGUGAGGCCCGCCGCCUGGCCCCCGUCCCGCCCGCCGCCGCCCCUACUCGCGUUUCCUACGGGCCAGAGCCCAGCCCCGAACCGGUCGCCGAUGAGGAAGACGAAUCGGAGGACGAAGAGGACUUGGAAGUUCCAGUUCCUAGCAGAUUUAAUAGGCGAGUAUCAGUCUGUGCUGAGUCCUACAACCCUGAUGAGGAAGAAGAAGAUACUGAUCCAAGGGUGGUUCAUCCCAAAACUGAUGAACAGAGAUGCAGACUUCAGGAAGCUUGCAAAGAUAUUCUUCUCUUCAAAAAUCUUGAUCCGGAACAGCUUUCUCAAGUCCUCGAUGCCAUGUUUGAAAGAAUAGUGCAAGUUGAUGAGCAUGUCAUUGACCAAGGAGAUGAUGGAGACAACUUUUAUGUCAUAGAACGGGGAACCUAUGACAUUUUAGUAACAAAAGAUAAUCAAACUCGCUCUGUUGGUCAAUAUGACAACCAUGGAAGUUUUGGAGAACUUGCUCUGAUGUACAAUACCCCGAGAGCUGCUACCAUCGUCGCCACCUCAGAAGGCUCCCUUUGGGGACUGGAUCGGGUGACUUUUAGAAGAAUCAUAGUGAAAAACAAUGCAAAAAAGAGGAAGAUGUUUGAAUCAUUUAUUGAAUCUGUGCCCCUCCUUAAAUCACUAGAGGUGUCAGAACGAAUGAAGAUUGUGGACGUAAUAGGAGAGAAGGUCUAUAAGGAUGGAGAGCGCAUUAUCACUCAGGGUGAAAAGGCUGAUAGCUUUUACAUCAUAGAGUCCGGUGAAGUGAGCAUCUUGAUUAAAAGCAAGACUAAAGCAAACAAGGAUGGUGGGAACCAGGAGGUCGAGAUUGCCCGCUGUCAUAAGGGGCAGUACUUUGGAGAGCUUGCACUGGUUACCAACAAACCCAGAGCUGCUUCAGCUUAUGCAGUGGGAGAUGUCAAAUGCUUAGUUAUGGAUGUACAAGCAUUUGAGAGACUGCUGGGGCCCUGCAUGGACAUCAUGAAGAGGAACAUCUCACACUAUGAGGAACAGCUGGUGAAGAUGUUUGGCUCCAGCGUGGAUCUGAGCGACCCCACGCAGUAGGUGUGCCAUACCCCAGAGCCUUCUCAGUGUGACACGAAAACCCUCUGGUCAGCCACAGAAAACAGACACGACAGAAUCGUUCCUGCUGUUGCUGCCACUGCUGCCUUGCUGUGGCCAUGGGCAUUUAGAAAACUUGAAAGUCAGCACUAAAGGAUGAGCACAGGUUCAACCCACACCUCCACUUUGCUUUGGAAAGUCCAUUAUUAGACUAUUUGUAAUGAUUAUUCCAACCCUAUUUUCACAUCUUUGGUUCAGGAUGGCAUGUCUCUCCAACAAUUUAAGUGCCUGAUACAAAGUCCAAAGUGUAAACAUCCUCCUUUCCCUCUCUUGCUGCUAUUAUUGCUUUUGGAAGUUACCACAAAGUCUGCAGAAACCUGUGGAGCAACUGUAGACACCCUCCCCCAACCUUUCUCAAGGGAGGAAAUGUUGGUAACCUUGGAUCUCUUCAUUUGUCCUUUGAGAAAGACCACAUUUGGUCACAAUUAUAGCUUUUGCUUUUACAGUAGAAAAUGGUGGCAGAUGUGAUGGAGGCCUGUGGUCCUGUGGCCUUGUGAUGUCUGCUAUGUACACCUGUCUCCAGAUAUGUGUAGCUGAUCUCCAGUGAUCACUCCAAACCCACAGUGAUGUUUAGGGAGAGGCCUUGCCCACGUAGAACUCAGAAGGUCAGCACCCCAGAGCAAACUGAUCCAUCAGUGGGACUCAUGUUAGAGCAGAAAAUUUGGAUUUGGCAUAUUUUACAGAUAGCAGAGAGCCAGGAAGGGUUUUCUGGGUUGGGUAUUUUAGGUUUUUUUGUUUGUUUGGUUGGUUGGCAGAUUUUGUUUUGCUUUGUUUUUUUAACCUCUGUGCAGUUUGCAUGAAUUAAUUGCUGUCUGUUUAUGAGGAGCCAGGGUCUGGUGGUGCCAUCACUUUAUCCAACCCAAAUACUUUCCGGGGCAACUCCUGCCAUCUCUUGUUUCCAGUUGCCCCUACCAGCUAAUGGCAGUGUGCCAGCAAGAAGUUGUGCUACAAAAAGAGCCCUUUCCUUCUGGUCCAGAGUUGUUGCAUUGUUUUGCUGUUGAACCAUCAAUUUUUAAACUCUGUGAAGAGAAAGCCUAUUUUUUUUUAAUUAUGAAAAAAAUAUUUCUCUGUUUAGGGAAUUCCCCUUGGACAUAUUCAUAUAUGUGGAGUUUGUCAACUGACUCAGCAUUCAUCCUGAAGAUCAACUAUAUCUGUUAGUUUUCAAAAAGUGGCAUCAUUUACAAUGUCAUAGAAUUACUGCAAAGGCUUUUAUAAUUGAAAUGUUGGGAUAUUUGGGGUUCCAGUUGUUAAUCCCAGAGGAAGGUAAUUUAGCUUGUAUUUAAAGUUCUUUUUAACCUUUUGUUUAUACCAGGUAGAAUUCUGAUGAAUUAAUUAGCUAGUUAUAUUUCAGAACGGAAGUUUUUUUUUCUUCUUCAGAAUGACUUAGAAUAAGAUGCUGCAAGAGAUCCUAGGAGGACUGUAAAAUUUGCAUAAAGAUAAAUUUGGAUGUCACGGCCAAGUUUAUAUUAAAUCCAAAAGCCCUUUCCAAUAUGAUUUUUUACUUGUAUAACUGAAUAAAUCCCUAAGAGAUUACGUACUGGGGCUUGAGUCAUUCUGUUGUAGAUAAUGACAGAGUUCACAUGGUCGCCUUCCAGCGUCCACAUAAGCUAGACCUUCUGCUUUUGCUACGAACACAAUGGCUGAGAAAUUUCCAGAGUGGGUGGCCCACCCCAACCUUGGUAACUCUACCUUUUCUUGUGCUCUGUGAAGGUAAAGCAGGAGGACCCUUUUUAGACUGCCCUGAGCAGCCUACAUUGCAGCUACUGCAAUGUGAAUUGUGAAAGGUUAUGACUAGUAACUCCAAAACAGGCAGCUAGCACUGGGAAAGACCAUGUGGUAAUCACACAUUUUCCCAAGGCUCUUCUUUUCUAUAGUGUCAUUUUAUUAUCAACUAAACCCAGAAAGAAGAUCUUGGAAUUUAACAGGUAAGAACCACACCUGUUUUUUGCAAAGGUACAUUGGGUUUCAGGAGUAACACAGAGUUCCAGCCCCAGACUUAGUACGGCCUCUGUUUGAAUGUCGAGCAGAUGUCCCUUCCCCACCUCACAUACCAGCAUUAAUUAGGGCUGGCUGUGACUCUGUGCCUGUGUCACUCCAGCAGGCUGCUAGGGAUGGGCCUUUUCAUCCCACCCUCUCACACUUCCCAGUCUAGUCUUUCCCUUGACGGAGCCCUCCUUGACACCCCUGCCUCACUGAUGAUUGCUGUUUUCCAUAGUAGAGUCAGGUUUGAAUCCUUCUGCUGCAACUAUAGAUUGACACAUGGAUCAGCAGUCCAGACCCUCACUGCAUACAGGGCCCCCAGCAGGUCUCGCUUGAGAAAGGGAGACUUCAGAGGGACCAGUAUGAGUGAAAUAGGACACAGCCAUUACUAGGGUUUCAAGAGCCUGGCCAAGUUCAACUCAGCUGUGGUGUCCACAUAGUGUCAGGCAAGCCCUGCACCAAUGGUUGAGCCUCACAGAGAGGAGUAUGUGUUGGGAAUAGAGCCCUUUGUUUUAUAUUGUUUUCUUCUGUGGGUUAGAGCUCCAUACCCGUUUUUUUUUUUUUUUUUUUUUGGCUUUGCUGUUUAUUUUGGAUGGUGGAGAAUGUUCCUGAGAGCCUUGAGAUCUAACCCACUGUGUUGUUCUUCCUUCUGGCCCCAGCUUAUCCUAUCCACUCUCUUCUCUUGGUUGUAUUCUCUGAAGGAAGGGUUCUUGUGCUUUUGUCCUCUUAGCCAGUGGUCCUUUUACAUAUAAUUGUGUUAUAUAUCAUUGUUAUGGAUUCUCCAAGCUUUUCUUUGAGCAGUUUAAUGAGCGAACUCAGCAGCAAAGUGGGCAAGCCAGGAGAGGUCAUGCUCAUCCUCUGACUGCCCGGAUUCUCUGCUCACAACAGUGAAGAAGUAGAUGAGAGGUGUCGCUGGUGCCUGGCAGCAGCCUGAGCCCACAGCAUUUCCAUGUCAUGUAACAGUGUACAAUCUUCUGUCAUUUGGAAAAAGGGAAAAAGCAGAUUUGCGCAGAGAAAAAGGAAAAAGACGCAUGAAUGUCAUCUUUCAUCUUUUGUUUUCAGUUGACUGAUGUUGGAAUUUUUGUUUUGAUAUGCACUUGUAACCCAAACUCGCCAAGGUACAAGUUGUUGUGGUUUUUUACUAUAGUUACCUCUUGUUCCUCCUGUCUUGACUGCUGACGUUCCUCAGUGAUUCUAAUGUCUAUUUUAUGGGAAGCAGCCUUCCCACGGGUUUCCUUUUACACACUGCAGGGCUAUCUUUAUACUAAAAAAAAAAAAAAAAUUAAAAAAAAAAAAAGAGGGAGAAAA